UACGCCCUGCUGAACAUCCCGGGGGUAUCAACCAGGAUCAGGUUCCCGCCACGUCCAUCGUUACGUUCUCUUUCAUUGACAGACUGGAAUUCCGGCAGCAAUUUGAUCGAGCGCUUCAUGAAAUCCGACAUUCGUACGCGUCGUUAAAAGAAUCUGCUCAGUCCCUCAUGUGUUUCAAGAUUUCCCUCCAUUACCAUUAUCUAUCUUCCUCUGGUCUGGUACCUCCAUGCCGACUCUCUUCUCGCUCAUUGCCACAUUCACACUCUUUUUGACAUGUUCUUACGCUGCUGUACCUGCUUAUUCAGACCUUCAUGUCGUGAAUCGAUACAUAGCGCCUGAUGGAUUUAAUCGCUCUGCUGUUCUGAUGAACGGUGUUUUUCCCGGACCUUUGAUUUUUGGAUAUACAGGAGGACGAUUUCGCUUGAACGUUAUUAAUGAACUUACCGAUAACACCAUGCUUCGAAGCACCUCUAUUCAUUGGCAUGGGUUCUUUCAGAAAGGAACCAAUUGGGCUGACGGCGCUUCUUUCGUCAAUCAGUGUCCGAUCACUCCCCAAAAAUCUUUUUUAUAUGAUUUCAGAGCUCCCGGACAGGCUGGAACCUUUUGGUAUCACUCUCAUCUGUCCACGCAGUAUUGCGACGGACUUCGUGGACCUAUGGUUGUCUACGAUGUGCUGGACCCUCAUCGCUGGCGCUACGACAUUGAUGACGAAUCUACCAUCAUUACUCUGUCUGAUUGGUAUCAUACCCCAGCGCCUUCUGCAGGGCGAUUUCCUACUGCAGAAUCCACCUUAAUUAAUGGACUUGGUCGCUAUGCAGGAGGACCAAGCUCAUCCCUCACCGUAAUUAAUGUUAGGAGAGGACUUCGCUAUCGUUUCCGUCUAAUCUCGCUUUCAUGCGAUCCCAACUACACGUUCUCCAUCGACGGACACACUAUGACAAUCAUUGAAAGUGAUGGUGUUAGUACUCAGCCCAUUGACGUCGAUUCACUGCAAAUCUUUGCUGGACAACGCUAUUCCUUCGUUCUUCAAGCUAAUCAGCCCCUUGGUAACUAUUGGAUACGCGCCAAUCCCAACGCCGGAUCGACGGGUUUUGAGGGUGGCCUCAAUUCCGCGAUUUUGCGAUACCAGAAUGCACCAAAUGUAGAUCCGACAACGAAUCAGACUACCAGCACGCGGCCACUACGCGAAAGCUCCCUUGUGCCUCUUCGAAACGCAGGUGCUCCUGGACGCCCUGUACCAGGUGGAGCCGACGUGAACAUCAAUCUAGCCAUGUCAUUCGACCCGACUACUCUUGACUUGAAGAUCAAUGGAGCGAAAUUCCAGCCUCCCAGUGUACCCGUCCUGCUGCAGAUCAUCAGUGGAGCACAGUCCGCGAAGGAUUUGUUGCCUUCGGGCUCUGUGUAUACGUUACCUUCAAACAAGGUAAUUGAGUUAUCGAUCCCUGCAUUAACAGUGGGAGGACCGCACCCUUUUCACCUGCAUGGGCAUACUUUCGAUGUCGUGCGUACGACAGGAAGUGAGACUUAUAAUUAUGUCAACCCCCCACGCCGCGAUGUGGUCAGUACUGGACUAGCAGGUGAUAAUGUCACCAUACGGUUUACUACUGACAAUCCUGGACCUUGGUUCCUACACUGCCAUAUUGAUUGGCAUCUCGAAGUGGGCCUUGCCGUAGUGUUCGUCGAGGAUGCAGCUGACACUUCGCGGAUGAACCCUAUCCCAAAUACUUGGUCCGAUCUGUGCCCCACAUACACUGCAGAAAACCCAGAUACAUCGGUACAGAUUGUUAAAGCAUGAAGUAGACCAUGCACUGGUCAUUUUUUGGACUAGAUUUUCAGGGUGCAGGAGAUCUUAUGUGGACUAUUUUUUAUUACUCUUUAUUGGCAUAAAUGGACAAUCUGUAACAAGUGAAUCUCAUGGACCUUUUAUAAUAUUCAGAUGGAUAAAUCAA